GCUGGCUGUCCUGCUUCUGACUCGUGGCAGUCAGCACUUUUCAUGGUUUCCUGAGCUGAAGCAUUUGUAUACUGUUUGCCUUAUGGUCUGGAUCUGACCUGCGGUUGAGGUAACCAAUAGAGCCAGUGGCACUUUGUGCACGUAAGUCCCAUGUGAGGGCAGCUGGAGCACAUCUCUCUUUCUUUUGCACCUGUGUAAGAAGUGGCAUCCCUUCCAUCUUUCAGGGUGCGUAGCCUGCAGAGCUACUACUGCUUGCUGUGAAGAGACAAGAAGAAGAGAAUUAACUGUUUUAGAAUGGUUUUACCAGCAUGUGGAUUAAAAGAGUGAGGCUGCAGCAAACAGCUGUUCAGAAACAACUGGGAGUUGGUCUCAAAAUUUGUAUGAGGAGGUCACUCUUGGGGUUGGGAAUUGCUGCUGACAUGACGUACGGAAAGAAAGGACCCAUGAAAAGCAGAAGAGUCAGACACUAAAGAAAAAGAUGGAGUGUAAAAUGGCAGAGGUGGGAGUGAUUAAGAAACUAUCCAAAGUAAGGAGGAACAGUCUGUACAACACACAGCACACACUACUGUGCUUGCAGUUCUUGGGUUGGACAUAGCUCAAUGUGGGGAGUUCAUACACUAUGUGGAGAGUGGGUGACAGGGCAGAUGGAUAGGAUGUGUCCAACACAGGUGGGACAUGCCUAAGCUUUGUAACAGGGCUAGCAGCUUGUACAUGGAAUAAUGGUAAGGAAGACAUGUUGUUUCUUACCAAGAUUUCUGUGAAUGUUUGACUAUCUUGAAGUGACUGUUUCUUUUUUUUUUUCCUCAGUGUGUUGCCUUAGAUGAAUGGUAAGACUUUCACAUUGAGAUAGCUCUGUGUUUGUUUGUUUGUUUGUUUGUUUGUUUGUUCACACUAUGCCUUGGGAUACCAGAUUUCUUAAUUGUUGUACCCUCCUGAUUCCUUCAAAGCACUUGGCAUUUUUUAUUCCAAUGCAUGCUUCUGGAUUAAUAUGUUUUUAAUGAAAAGACUAAACAAAAUGGUAGUAAGGAUGGGUGGGAGUAUUUUACAAAGAUGCAUUAAAUACCUCCUCUAAGCCCAAAUGAAUGUUUGAACUGUCUGAAUGUUAAUGUCAGUACUGCUCAUCACAUCUUUUCUUGUUUCUUCCUAGCUGACAGAGUCAACGCUGAGCAUUUUCUGGUGAUUUUUCUACCUGGAAUCAUUAGUCAUGUCACGUUGCUCACAGUGCAAUGACCUAGAACAAAAUGACAGAACAGGUGCAAAGUGAAAGACAGAUGCAUUUAUAUUCCCUUCAUUGUCCAUUUUCAGUUCAAGUUUCCAAGUACGGAAAAUAAUUAUCAAGGAAGACUGAACUGGACUGGUUUGUGUUUGCAGGAGAAACCUUCACAGUCUACAGCAGCUACACAUCUCUUUGGGUAUUUAUAAAUAAUGUAGCACAAGAAAGAGACUUAGCCCAAAGUAAUGCAGAGUUUGGUCUGAAAUUGUCAUGGUUAUCUCUAGAUUGGAAAUGAGAAGAAAGUCCUUACCCUCAGAGCACUGAUGUACUGCAGUGGCCUCCUGAUCUACAAGAUGAUGAAAACAAUUUUGAGGGAAUUGAGAGCAAGUUUUCUUUACGGAUGCCUGCAGAGCCCGAUGAAGAUGUCUGCUACCUGGUUCCUGGGCAGGUGGACAGCCUGGCACAGUGCAACUUCAAUCAUACCAGUAAAACCUUUGUGGUGAUCCACGGAUGGACGGUGACAGGGAUGUAUGAAAGUUGGGUCCCGAAGCUGGUGGAUGCUCUGUACAAGAGGGAGCCUGACUCAAACGUCAUUGUGGUGGACUGGCUAGUUCGAGCUCAGCAGCACUAUCCGGUGUCUGCUGGGUACACCAGGCUGGUGGGAAGGGAUGUCGCUACAUUUAUUGACUGGAUGGAGGAGCAAUUCAAUUAUCCUCUCAACAAUCUCCACUUGCUGGGGUACAGUCUGGGUGCCCAUGCUGCUGGGAUUGCUGGGAACCUGACCAAAAAGAAAGUGAACAGAAUUACUGGGCUGGAUCCUGCUGGUCCUACCUUUGAGUAUGCUGACGAACUCAGCCGCCUCUCCCCGGAUGAUGCUCAGUUUGUGGAUGUCCUACACACCUACACCCGAGGCUCUCCAGACCGCAGCAUUGGGAUCCAGAAACCUGUUGGACACAUUGAUAUUUAUCCCAAUGGUGGAGGUUUCCAGCCAGGUUGCAAUUUUGGGGAAGCACUGCGUCUGAUUGCUGAGAAAGGCCUUGGAGAUGUGGAUCAGCUGGUGAAGUGCUCCCAUGAACGAUCCAUCCACCUCUUCAUCGACUCUCUCCUGAAUGAGGAAAAGCCCAGCAUGGCCUACCGCUGCAACACAAAGGAGGCCUUCGAGAAGGGCCUUUGCCUCAGCUGCCGCAAGAACCGCUGCAACAAUUUGGGUUACAAGGUCAACAGAGUGAGAACAAAGAGAAACACCAAAAUGUACCUGAAAACCCGCGCUCAGAUGCCCUAUAAAGUCUUUCAUUACCAGGUCAAGAUCCAUUUCUUCGGAAAGACUAACAUAACCAAGACAAACCAGCCAUUCCUGAUCUCUCUCUAUGGCACACAAAAAGAGAGUGAGAACAUUGGUUUCACAAUGCCUGAAGUCUCCUCAAACAAGACCUUCUCCUUCCUGAUUUACACAGAAGUCGAUAUUGGAGACCUGCUUAUGCUGAAGCUGCAGUGGGAAAAAGACACCUUCUUCAGCUGGUCAGACUGGUGGACUCCUCUUACAUUUGACAUCCAGAGAAUCAGAGUGAAGUCAGGAGAAACUCAGAAAAAAGUGGUGUUCUGUUCUCGAGAUGGCACCUCACGUCUCGGCAAGGGAGAAGAGGCAGCAGUAUUUGUGAAAUGCUCGGAGCAGCCCGUCAACAGGAAGAGAGGAGGCUCCAAGAAAACCUCGAAAGAAAAUUCUCCUCAUGAAUCUGCUUAAGUGACAAGAACAAAGAUUUUUCACACUGGGGAGGAGAAAAGUCUGUUCAUCCCUGUGGACUGGAUGUUCAAAACCAAAUAUAUAGAAAUAUUUAUCUACUGCUGGAUUUUUGCCUGCUAUUCCUAGCUAUUUGAGAGACUUCUUGUAAAAAAGUCUCUGCAUAUGAAGUUACUAACCAUAAAGAUACAUUAUCCAAAUAGUUAAAAACAAAAAGAAACCUGCAAAACAACUUGCCAAAAGUUUGGAGUGCUGAAAAGAUACAGGUAAUUUUGCUUAAUCAUGGUGCCUUGUGACAAGGUUUCUUGACAUGACAUCCUAUACACCAAUUUUUUAAUAUUUAUUGAAAAGAAACAAAGCCCUGUAUUUGGUUUUAUUUUUUUGUUGUUGUUUGUGUU